GUCGCCGCUGACACCGGGCUCCGAGACAUCCACCGCAGGAACCAUGAAGCUUCACGUGGCUGCUGCCAGCAGCUUCCUGCCUCUCCUCCUGCUCCUGGAGCUGGUCUCUCCAGGUCAGGGCAAUCGCCUGCCGUACUUCAUCAACUACUUCUUUGACACCUACCUGCUGAUCAACGAGGACACACCUGUGGGUUCCUCAGUGACUCAGCUGCUGGCCCGGGACCUGGACAAUGACCCUCUGGUCUUCGGGGUGGUCGGGGAGGAGGCCAGUCGGUUCUUCGCCGUGGAGAGCGUCACCGGCGUCGUGUGGCUCAGGCAGCCCCUGGACAGAGAGACUAAGUCAGAAUUCACGGUUGAGUUUUCUGUCAGUGACAGCCAAGGGGUGAUCAAAGGGACAGUCAACAUCCAGGUGGGAGACGUGAAUGACAACGCCCCGCAGUUCCACAACCAGCCCUACAGCGUCCGCAUCCCCGAGAACACCCCCGUGGGCACUCCAAUUUUUAUCGUGAACGCCACGGACCCGGACCAGGGGGCAGGAGGCAGCGUGCUUUACUCCUUCCAGCCCCCUUCCAGCUUCUUUGCCAUCGACAGCGGCCGAGGCAUCGUGUCGGUGAUCCGCGAGCUGGACUACGAAGUCACUCAGGCCUACCAGCUCCAGGUGAACGCCACGGACCAAGACAAAAACAAGCCUCUGUCCACUCUGGCCAACCUGGCAAUCAUCAUCACGGACGUGCAGGACAUGGACCCCAUCUUCAUCAACCUGCCCUACAGCACAAACAUCUAUGAGAACUCGCCUCCGGGUACCACCGUGCGGAUGAUAACAGCCAUCGACCAGGACAAGGGCCGGCCCCGCGGCAUCGGCUACACCAUCGUCUCAGGUAACACCAACAGCAUCUUUGCCCUGGACUACAUCAGUGGAGCCCUAACCCUGAAUGGGCCCCUGGACCGGGAAAAUCCCUUCUACAGCGCCGGAUUCAUCCUCACAGUGAAGGGGACAGAGCUGAACGAUGACCGCACGCCCUCCAACGCCAGCGUCACCACCACCUUCAACAUCCUGGUCAUCGACGUCAACGACAACGCGCCCGAGUUCAACAGCUCCGAGUACAGCGUGGCCAUCCCAGAGCUGGCCCAGGUGGGCUUUGCCCUUCCCCUCUUCAUCCAGGUGCAGGACAAGGAUGAGGGACCCAACAGCGUGUUUGAGGUUUACCUGGUGGGCAACAACUCCAACCACUUCAUCAUCUCACCGACCUCCAUCCAGGGGAAGGCGGACAUCCGUGUCCGCGUGGCGGUGCCGCUGGACUUCGAGACCAUUCCUCGCUACGAAUUUUCGCUCUUCGCGAACGAGAGCGUCCCAGACCACGUCGGCUUCGCACGGGUGAAAAUCAACCUCAUCAACGAGAACGACAACCGGCCCGUGUUCAGCAAGGGCCUCUACAAUGUCAGCCUCUUCGAGAACGCCACUGUGGGCACCACUGUCCUCCAGGUCCACGCAACUGACAAUGAUGUGGGCACAUAUGGGAAAGUCAGUUAUUUCUUCAGUGACGACCCUGACCGCUUCUCCCUGGACAAGGACACGGGUGUGAUCCUCCUGACAGCUCGGCUGGACUUUGAGACCACGCAGCGCUACACCCUGACCGUCAUUGCCCGGGACGGCGGCGGGGAGGAGACGGCGGGGCGCGUCAGGAUCAACGUGCUCGAUGUCAACGACAAUGUCCCCACCUUCCAGAAGGAGGCCUACCUGGGCGCCCUGCGGGAGAACGAGCCCUCCGUCACCCAGGUGGUCCGGCUCCGGGCAUCCGAUGAGGACUCCCCUCCCAACAACCAGAUCUCCUACAGCAUCGUGCAGGCGUCUGCCUUCCGCGACUACUUCGACAUCACGGUGUCAGAGGGGUACGGAGUGAUCAGCGUGAACCACCCCCUGGACUACGAGCAGGUGGCCAACGGGGUCAUCUACCUGACAGUGAUGGCCAAGGACGCCGGCAACCCGCCGCUCAACAGCACCGUCCCUGUCACCAUCGAGGUGUUUGAUGAAAAUGACAAUCCCCCCACGUUCAGCAAGCCCUCCUACGUGAUAACCGUCAUGGAGGACAUCAUGGCAGGAGCCACAGUGCUGUUUCUCAAUGCCACGGACAUGGACCGGUCCAGGGAGUAUGGGCAGGAGUCAAUCAUCUACUCCCUGGAAGGCUCCUCACAUUUUCGGAUCAACGCUCGCUCAGGAGAAAUCACAACAACGUCUUUGCUGGACCGAGAGGCCAAAUCUGAGUACAUCCUCAUUGUCCGGGCAGUGGAUGGAGGCGUGGGGCACCAUCAGAAGACAGGCAUUGCUAUGGUGAACAUCACGCUGCUGGACAUCAAUGACAACUAUCCCACCUGGAAGGAUGAGCCAUACUUCAUUAACCUGGUGGAAAUGACCCCCCCCAACUCAGACGUCACCACGGUGGUGGCCGUUGACCCAGACCUGGGGGAGAACGGCACGGUGGUGUACAGCAUCCGGCCCCCCAACAAGUUCUACAGCAUCAACAGCACCACGGGCAAGAUCCGCACCUCGGGCGUGCUGCUGGACCGGGAGAACCCCAACGCCCAGGAGGCGCAGCUCAUGCGCAGGAUCGUGGUGUCCGUCACCGACUGUGGGAGGCCACCCCUGAGAGCCACCAGCAGUGCCACAGUUUUUGUCAACCUGCUGGACCUGAACGACAAUGACCCCACUUUCCAGAACCUGCCCUUUGUUGCUGAGAUCGCCGAGGGCCUUCCCGUGGGCACCUCUGUCUUCCAGGUGGUGGCCGUGGACCUGGACGAGGGCCCCAACGGGCAGGUGUCGUACCGCAUGCAGGUGGGCAUGCCCCGCAUGGACUUCCUCAUCAACGGCACCAGCGGGCUGGUCACCUCCACGGCCGUGCUGGACAGGGAGAGGAUCCCCCAGUACUUCCUCAGGGUGGUGGCCAGCGAUGCUGGCGCACCCGCCAAGAGCUCCACCAGCACCCUCACUGUCAAAGUUCUGGACGUGAACGACGAGAGCCCCACCUUCUUCCCCGCCGUCUACAACGUGUCCCUGCCCGAGAACGUGGCCCGGGAUUUCAAAGUGGUGCGGCUCAACUGCACGGAUGCUGACAUCGGGCUGAACGCUGAGCUCAGCUACUUCAUCACAGGUGGGAACCAGGAUGGCAAAUUCAGCGUCGGCUUCAGGGACGGGGUGGUCAGGACAGUCGUGAGUCUGGACAGGGAGACCGUGGCGUCCUACACGCUGAUCCUGGAGGCCAUCGACAAUGGCCCCACCGGGAACCGGCGCACCGGCACUGCCACCGUGUACGUGACUGUCCUGGACGUCAAUGACAACAGACCCAUCUUCCUGCAGAGCAGCUAUGAAGUCAGCGUCCCCGAGGACAUCCCGGCUGCCAGCAGCAUAGUGCAGGUGAAAGCCACCGAUGCGGACGAAGGCAUUAACGGGAGAGUGUGGUACAGGAUUGUCAAGGGAAAUGAGCACAACCACUUCCGCAUCAAUCCCAGCACAGGGCUGGUGAUGCGAGGAGUGCGGCACCUGGACAGGGAGCAGAACUCCUCCCACGUGCUGGAGGUGGAGGCCUACAACACGGAGCAGGGGCCCAUGAGGAGCUCCGUGCGGGUGAUCGUGUACGUGGAGGACGUCAACGACGAGGUGCCGGUGUUCACCCAGCGCCAGUACAACCGCCUGGGGCUGCGCGAGACGGCCGGAAUAGGGACGUCGGUGGCAGUGGUCCGGGCCACCGACCGAGACACAGGGAAUGGGGGUCUGGUGAGCUACAAAAUCGUGUCAGGCGCAGAGGGGAAGUUUGAGAUCGACGAGAGCACGGGCCUCAUCACCACCAUAGAGUACCUGGACUACGAGACCAAAACCAGCUACCUGAUGAAUGUCUCUGCCACGGACCAAGCGCCCCCCAACAACCAGGGCUUCUGCAGCGUGUACGUCAGCCUGCUGAACGAGCUGGACGAGGCCGUGCAGUUCUCCAACAGCAGCUACGAGGCCGUGAUCAUGGAGAACAUCCCCCUUGGCUCCGAGGUGCUCCGUGUCCAGGCGCGUUCCAUCGACAACCUCAACCAGAUCACCUACAAGUUCGACCCCAACACCAACCCACAAGCGCUCUCACUCUUCAAAAUCAAUGGGGUCACGGGUGUGAUCACGGUCAGAGGCCAGGUAGACCGGGAGAAAGGGGAUUUCUACACCCUGACAGUGGUGGCUGAUGACGGAGGACCGAAGAUUGACUCCACAGUGAAGGUGACCAUCACAGUCCUGGACGAGAACGACAACAGCCCCCAGUUUGACAUCACCUCUGACUCGUCUGUCAGCGUGGCCGAGGACAGCGCCGUGGGCAAGAGGGUGGCCCUGGUCCUGGCCCGAGAUCCAGAUGCAGGCAGGAACGGCCAGGUGACUUUCUCUCUGACAUCAGGGAACAUCGGCCGGGCUUUUGAGAUCCGCACCACCAACCACACCUACGGCGAGGUGUUUGUGGCACGGCCGCUGGACCGGGAGCUGCUGGACCACUACACCUUACGGAUCCAAGCAUCAGAUGGCGGCGUUCCUCCCCGGAGGAAGGAGCACAUUCUACGAGUGAACAUCCUGGAUGUCAAUGACAACCCCCCCGUCAUCGAGAGCCCCUUCGGCUACAACGUGAGCGUGAGCGAGAAUGUCGGUGGUGGCACGGCGGUGGCCCAGGUACGCGCCACCGACCGGGACAUCGGCCUCAACAGCGUCCUGUCCUACUACAUCACCCGCGGGAACGAGGACAUGACCUUCCGCAUGGACCGUGUCACCGGCGAGAUCGCCACCCGGCCCUCCCCGCCCGACCGCGAGCGCCAGAGCUUCUACAGCCUGCUGGUCACCGUGGAGGAUGAGGGCACCCCCUCCCUGUCGGCCACCACCACGGUGUAUGUCACCAUCCUGGACGAGAACGACAACGCUCCCGCCUUCCGGCAGCAGCUCUACGAGGUGACCCUCGACGAAGGCCCCUCCACCCUCAACGCCACCCUGGUCACCGUGCAGGCCCUGGAUCAGGACGAGGGACCCAACGGCACGGUGGCCUACGCCAUCACCGAGGGCAACAUCUUGGGCACCUUCCACAUCGACAACGCCACGGGGGAGAUCCGCACGGUGAAGGAGCUGGACUACGAGAUCAGCCACGGGCGCUACACCCUGAUCGUCACCGCCACCGACCAGUGCCCCAUCGUCUCGCGCCGCCUGACGUCCACUGCCACAGUGCUGGUGAACCUCAACGACAUCAAUGACAACUGUCCCACCUUCCCGCGGCCCUACGAGGGCCCCUUCGAUGUCACCGAGGGGCAGCCCGGCCCUCGUGUCUGGACUUUCCUGGCCCAUGACGGGGACUCAGGACCCAAUGGACAAGUGGAAUACAGCAUCAUCGCCGGGGACCCCCUCGGGGAAUUUGUCAUCUCCCCGGUGGAAGGAGAGCUGCGGGUGCGGAAGGACACCGAGCUGGACCGUGAGAACAUCCCCUUCUACAACCUCACCAUCGCCGCCCGGGACCGGGGGGUGCCUCCCCUCAGCUCCACGAUCCUGGUGGGUGUCCGUGUGCUGGACAUCAACGACAACGACCCCGUGCUGCUGAACCUCCCGAUGAACCUCACCCUGAGCGAGAACGCCGCCGUCUCCAGCUUUGUCACCCGCGUCCUCGCCCGCGACGCAGACCAGGGCCCCAACGCGCUCCUGACCUUCGACAUAACAGCAGGGAACACAGAGAACGCCUUCUACAUCAACAGCACCAGCGGCAUCGUGUACGUGAACCGCCCGCUGGACAGGGAGCGGGUGGCUGAGUACAGGCUGACUGUCACGGUGAAGGACAACCCCGAGAACAUCCGCAAUGCCAGGCGGGAUUUUGACCUGCUGGUCAUUUCCAUAGCGGAUGAGAACGACAACCGCCCCCUCUUCACCCAGAGCUCCUACCAGGCUGAGGUGAUGGAGAAUUCGGCCCCUGGGACUCCAGUCACAAUGCUCAGUGGACCCAUCCUAGCUGUGGAUGCUGACCAGGGCAGCAAUGCCGUGGUGACCUAUGAGCUCCUGAAGGCAUCCCCAGACCUCUUUGUUAUCAACAACAGGACAGGUGUGGUUUCGGUGAAGCCCGGUGGUGUGAUAGACCGAGAGGCUUUGCUGGACCCCCACCUGGAAUUCACGCUGGUGGCUCGUGAUGUAGGGGGGCUGAACAGCACUGCCAGCCUGGCAGUGACCAUCCUGGACGACAACGACAACCGCCCUGUCUUCCAGCCGGCAUCCAUCACGGUGCGGCUGUUGGAGAACAGCCCCCCAGGCUUCUCCGUCCUCCAGGUGACAGCCACAGAUGCUGACAGUGGCCUCAACCAACAGCUGGACUACCGUAUUGAGGGUGGUGGCCAGGACAGGUUCCUGAUCGAUGCCACCACGGGGGUGAUCCGCGUGGCCAACAUCACCAUCGACCGGGAGGAGCGCGAUGCCUACCGGCUGACAGUGGUGGCCGUGGACCAGGGCACCCCGGCGCUCUCGGGCACCGCCACCAUCAGCGUCCUCAUCGACGACAUCAACGACUGCCGGCCCGAGUUCAUCAACCCCAUCCAGACCGUCAGCGUCCCCGAGUCGGCUCCCCCUGGCACCGUGGUGGCCGAGGUGACCGCCAUCGACAGGGACCUCCACCCUCGCCUGGAGUACUACCUGCUGGGGAUCGUGGCCCGCGAUGACACCGACGCGCUGGUGCCCGAGCAGCAAGGAGCGUUCACGGUGGAUUUUAGGACAGGAGCUGUGAAGAUCAAAACUCCCCUCAACCGUGAACUAGUGGCCACCUACGAGGUCACCAUCUCUGUCCAUGACAACGCCAGCGAAGUCAUCGACCGCUCGGUCAGCGUGCCCAACGCCAAGCUGACAGUCAACGUCUUGGACGUCAAUGACAACACACCCCGCUUCCGUCCCUUCGGGGUCACCUAUUUCACUGAGAGGAUCCUGGAGGGGGCCACGCAGGGCACCACGCUCAUCUCCAUCUCAGCAGUGGACCCAGACAAAGGUGCCAAUGGGCAGAUCACCUAUGAGCUGCUGAACCUCUCUCCGGAAGGUUACGCCUGCCUGGAAGACCAUUCAGCAGGGAAGGUUGUGGCCAACAGGACAGUGGACUAUGAGGAGGUGCAGUGGCUGAACUUCACCGUCCGUGCCUCCGACAACGGCUCUCCCCGCAGAUCCGCCGAGAUCCCCGUGUACCUCCAGAUCGUGGACAUCAAUGACAACAACCCUGUUUUCAGUCAGCCGUCCUACCAGAAAGCUGUCUUUGAGGAUGUGCCCUUGGGUACGGUCAUCCUGAGCGUCACGGCCACCGAUGCAGAUUCCGGGCAAUUUGCUCUCAUCCAGUACAGCCUGAGCGAUGGAGAGGGCAAGUUUGGGAUAAAUCCCAACACGGGUGACAUCUACAUCCUGUCAGCCCUGGACCGGGAAAAGAAGGAUCACUACACACUGACAGCCGUGGCCAGGGACAACCCUGGAGAUGUCUCCAGUAACCGUCGGGAGAACUCUGUGCAGGUGCUGAUCACAGUCCUGGACAUCAACGAUGUCAGGCCCCAGUUCAGCAAGAGCCAGUUCAGCACCAGCGUCUACGAGAAUGAGCCAGCGGGAACGUCAGUGAUCACCAUGAGUGCCACCGACCUGGACGAAGGGGACAACGGCGUGGUGACCUAUAGCCUCGAGGGUCCUGGAGCAGAGGCUUUCAAGAUCAAUAAAGACUCUGGGCUUGUCACGUCCCGGCGGCGCCUGCAGUCCUACGAGAGGUUCAACCUGACUGUGGUGGCCACGGACAAGGGGCACCCCCCUCUCUGGGGGACCACCCUGCUCCACAUCGAGGUCAUCGACAUCAACGACAACCGCCCUGUCUUCAUCCGCCCGCCCAACGGCACCAUCCUGCACAUCAAGGAGGAGAUCCCCCUGCGCUCCAACGUCUACGAGGUCUACGCCACGGACAAAGAUGAGGGUCUCAACGGAGUGGUGCUCUACAACCUGCUGAAAACCGGGGCAGGGAACAAGGACUGGGAGUAUUUCAGCAUCGACUCCGUCAGCGGGCUGAUCCAGACGGCCAUGCGGCUGGACCGCGAGAAGCAGGCCGUGUACAACCUGAUCAUCGUGGCCUGUGACCAGGGCCAGCCACCCUACGAGACCAUGCAGCCCCUGCAGGUAGCUCUUGAUGACAUCGAUGACAAUGAGCCCAUCUUCCUCAGGCCACCUAAGGACAGUCCCCAGUACCAGGCACUCUCUGUCCCCGAGCACUCGCGGCCAGGCACCGUGGUGGGGAACGUCACUGGUGCGGUGGACGCAGACGAGGGCUCCAAUGCCAUCGUCUACUACUUCAUAGCAGCUGGGAACCAGGAGAGCAACUUCCAGCUGAGCCGAGAGGGGAAGCUGAAGGUCUUGCGAGACCUGGACCGGGAGAAGGAGCCAUACCACUCCCUCAUCGUCAAAGCAUCCAGCCAGAGGAACUGGGCUCCUCCCCGGGGCCAGCGGGCGGGAAGAACCCAGUUCUGGGAUCUCAAUGAGGACCUGACCCUUCAGGAGGUGCGGAUCUUCCUGGAUGACAUCAAUGACCAGUCCCCCCAGUUCACCAAGUCAGAGUACACGGCGGGGGUUGCCACUGAUGCCAAGGUGGGGUCAGAGCUGAUCAGAGUGCUCGCAGUGGACGCCGACGUGGGCAAUAACAGCCUGGUCCUGUACAACAUCCUGGGCAUCCGCUACAUCAAGCAGCACUCCAAUGACUCCGAGGAAGUGGCCAACAUCUUCAGCAUUGGAACCCUUGACGGCAUCCUGCGAACCUUCGACCUCUUCACGGCCUAUAACCCCGGCUACUUUGUGGUGGACGUCAUGGCCUCUGACCUGGUGGGCCACAAUGACACGGCCAUCGUGGGGAUUUACAUCCUGCGGGAUGACCAGCGGGUCAAAAUCAUCAUCAAUGAGAUCCCUGACAAGGUCAGGCAGUUCGAGGAGGAGUUCAUCAGCCUGCUCUCCAACAUCACGGGUGCCAUCGUCAACACGGAUGAUGUGCAGUUCCACGUUGACAAGAAAGGCCGGGUGAACUUUGCCCAGACAGAGCUGCUGAUCCACGUGGUGAACAGGGAGACCAACCGCAUCCUGGACGUGGAGCGGGUUAUUCAGAUGAUAGACGAGAACAAGGAGCAGCUGAGGAAUCUCUUCAGGAACUACAACGUGCUGGACGUGCAGCCUGCCAUUACUGCCCGGGCCCCGGACGACCUCUCGGCUCUGCAGAUGGCAAUCAUCGUGCUGGCCGUCCUGCUCUUCCUGGCUGCCAUGCUCUUCAUCCUCAUGAACUGGUACUACCGGACAGUGCACAAAAGGAAAUUGAAAGCCAUCGUGGCUGGCUCCACUGGGAACAGAGGUUUCAUGGACAUCAUGGACAUGCCAAACACCAACAAGUACUCCUUUGAUGGGGCCAACCCGGUGUGGCUGGACCCCUUCUGCAGGAACAUGGAGCUGGCGGCGCAGGCGGAGCACGAGGACGACCUGCCGGAGAACCUGAGCGAGAUCACCGACCUCUGGAACAGCCCUGCCCGCACCCACGGCACCUUCGGCAGGGAGCCCUCCGCCGCCAAGCCCGAGGAUGACCGCUACCUGCGGGCAGCCAUCCAGGAGUACGACAACAUCGCCAAGCUGGGGCAGAUCAUGCGGGAGGGACCCAUCAAGGGCACUCUCCUGAAGGUGGUGCUGGAUGAUUACAUGCGCCUGAAAAAGCUCUUUGCCCAGCGGAUGGUGCAUAAGGCCACCGCCAGUCAGGGGGACCGCUCCUCGGUCUCGGAGCUGAUCCAGAAGGAGCUGGAGGAUGAUGAGGAGGAGCGCAGCCCCAGCCAGGGCAGCCUGCGCUUCCGACACAAGCAGCCGGUGGAGCUGAAGGGUCCCGACGGCAUCCACGUGGUGCACGGCAGCACGGGCACGCUGCUGGCCGCCGACCUCAACAGCCUGCCCGAGGAUGACCAGAAGGUGCUGGGCCGCUCGCUGGAGACUCUGACCGCCGACUGCGGGGGCUACAGCGAGCACAACGCCCGCACCGAGUCGGCCAAGUCCACCCCGCUGCACAAGCUGCGGGAGGUGAUCAUGGAGAGCCCCCUGGAGAUCACCGAGUUAUGACGAGCGGCGGGGCCGCUGCUGCUCCUCCUCUAGGCCAGCCGGGGCCGGCGGGGAUGGGACACAGACCGGGGGGCCGUGGUGGGGGCCAGGGGCAGCCCGAGACCGGUGCUUGGCCCCCUCUUCCCCUGCAGGAGUCCAGGCUGCCCGGCGCAGAUCGCUCCGGCAGCCUCGGAGAGCUUGGCCCCGGGAGAGGGCUCUCAGGAUCGGAAUGCUUUUACUCGCCUGUCAUUUAUCCAUGAGACCAUUAAAUUUUUUUUAUUUUUCCUAUUAAAAAAAAAAAGGUUUUUUUUUCUAAAAAAAAAGAAUGGAAAAGAAAAGAAAAGCUGAAGAAUCUGAUGAGUCCAGACUGGAUGGGGCAGGGAUGCGGAUGAUGGGCUGCCACAGCAUCCCAGGGCACAGAGUGGGUGGGGACAAGCAGCUCUCACACCUCUACCACGAGCAUGGGGAGAGCCAGGGAGGCGUGGGGAGAGACCAAAUCCUUUUGGCAUUAAUGUCACCUUUCCAGUAAGGAAAGACCAAAAAAAUUAAAAAGAAAAAAAACCCAACCCAAAGACAUUCCUCCAUUUCGCUGGCUGUACCAAAACUUGUUGCGAUGUCGAAAAAGAGAGAGAGUAGCUGGGGCUUCUGGAUGUGGAGUGCUCGUGUGUGUCUUUUGUUUCCCCUUCUCUCUUGCAUUUGGGUUUGUUUGUUCGGGGGUUUGUUUCCAGUCGUAACCUUGUGGAGAGUUUCGGGCACGGUCUGUUACGGGACUCAGAAAUACACUGUCUAUGGCUUUGGGUAAUCUGUCUGU